AUGAGGUCGAGUCGGCGGUCCGUCGUCCUGCUCCUCCUCUAUUCGCUUUUUUACGAUAAUCGUGCGGUGAAUGCGCUGAACAAUUUCAUCGACAACUUUGAGACGCUCAACUAUCGCGCCACGCACGUCGCCAAUCAGGUAACAUUUUUUUUUUCAAAUAAAAUAUUGCUUUUUCAAAAUUAUCGCAUGAAAAAAUACUGCGUACCAAUUUUCAGUUUCAUUGGAUUAAAAAAGAUUCUUUGCAGGUCUCGCGACGAAAACGAUCGAUCGAGUCGCUGGCGGCCCACUAUCAAGAGCCCAUCGGAUUCCGAUUCAACGCCUACAAUCGGUAAGUUUCUAUAAAUAUACUAUUUUUCUAAUUGUGAGAUAAAGCCAGGCAAUAGACAAAACAAUAUUUUUAUUAUUAUGAUAAAAGUUUUAAACGGAACAUUUUUCCAUAGAAAAUGCAUCAUUUAGCUCGCAAACAUUCUAAAUUUUGCAGAACAUUUCACGUGCAACUGCACCCAAUCGACGAUUCGCUCUUCCACGAGGACCACGUUUCGGAUGUGGACGGCGGAUUUGCGGACAUUAAGCCGAGUCAUUUUCUGUACGAGGGAUACCUAAAAGGUUCCUAUCCUUAAACCAUUUUUCUACACAAAUUUAGAUGAAAGUUGAAGACUUUUGCACAAAAACUGAAUUUCAGACGACCCCAGCUCUCACGUGCACGGAAGUGUGUUCGAUGGAGUGUUCGAGGGACAUAUUCAGGUAACUUGCACUUGUUUUGGACUUGGUCUAUUAAAACCGCAUUUUUUCCCGUCAAACACAAUUUUUUACGGCUAUUUUUAUCGAUUUCUACCUUGAAAAUGUUGUGUUUACAUAAUUUGAAUUCUACCGUUUCAAUACUUUUUAUUAAAAAUGUUCGAUUGAAAAAGAUUAGUGCCUUGAUAUCGCGUAUCCACACACCUUUUUCAAAAACUUUUUUAAAAACGCAUUUUUAGACCGGCGAUGGACGACGUUUUUCGAUUGACAAGGCGGCGAAAUAUUUCGAACGUGAAGAACGACCGUCCCAGUAUCACUCGAUCAUCUACAGAGACGACGAGAUUAAUCACCGAAAGUGGAGAGUCAAAAGGUAUCCUUUUUUUGAAUGAAUGCAAAAUUUGAGUAGUUUUCCGCUUUCCGCCUUCCGCCUCCCGCUUUCUCGAAAAUCUUCCUAAAGCUCCACAAUGUCGAGAAUCGGUCUAGAUUCGGUGUUUUUGCAGAGACGCCGAGCAAAUGGCCGAGCAGACGCAAGGAUGCGGACUAUCGGCGCGCGUGCGCCGAGAAAUGUCUGAAAUUCAAGACGCGGGCGAGAAGACGGACUUUUUCACGAACUACAUGACGAUGGCGGGCAGAUCGAAGCGGGCGAGUUCGAUUCGAGACGAAGACGGCAUCUACUCGGUGCGCACGUGCUCACUUUACAUGCAGGCCGACCACAAACUGUACGAGCACAUCCGCACCAAAGAGGGCAACAACGAUCCGAUCCGGACGAGAGAGGAGAUUGUCAGUCUGUUCUACAACCACAUCAAGGCGGUCAACGAGAUUUACGAGGGCACCAACUUCAACGGCAUCAAGGGACUGCACUUUGUCAUUCAGAGAACCUCCGUAAGAGCUUAUUUCCAGGCUUGAAAACCAUAAGGACCGCAGAGUGGGUCAAAAAAACUCAGUCUUCCCAAAAACAAUAUGUCUGUUUCAAAACUAACCAAAAAAAUUACUUGUUUUUUUUUGCUUAUAAAUAAAUGGGCGACCAUCUUCUUUUUUUUGCAGAUUUACACGCCGGACAGUUGUGAUCGUGGCCGUGCGAAAGCGGAUUCGGACAAUCCGUUCUGCGAAGAGGUACACAUUGUUUUUUUGGCGAUUUUAAAAAUGGUAUUUCAGAACGUGGACGUCUCGAACUUUCUGAAUCUGAACUCGCAACGGAAUCACUCGGCGUUCUGCCUCGCCUACGCACUCACUUUCCGCGAUUUCGUCGGCGGAACGCUCGGAUUGGCCUGGGUUGCCAGUCCUCAAUUUAGUACGUUUUUUUUGUUUCUCGGUUUCACCGAAACUUCAAUAUUCGUUCGCAUUUCGAGACUGCAAUACCUAAUAUGUAUGUCUUUAAAACGUCUUUGCAAUGUUAAUCAUUUCAUUCAUUCACAACGAGCACCUCGAAAAAUUACAAACAAGAUGAGGAGAGGAACAUGAAAAGAAUGACGGGCGGGAGAAUGAAUAAUGAGCAAAAUUCGAGAAAAACGGUCAAAUUUAAUCGAUUUCCAGACACGGCCGGAGGCAUCUGCCAAGUGCACCAACGGUACAACGAGGGCUCGCGCGGAUGGGUGUUCCGGUCGCUGAACACGGGAAUAGUGACGCUCGUGAACUACGGGAACCGAGUGCCCGCCCGAGUUUCUCAACUGACACUCGCACACGAGAUUGGACACAACUUUGGCUCUCCGCACGAUUUUCCCGCUGGUUUGUUGGUUGAAAUUGGGGGGAAAUUGAUGGAAAGAAAAUUGAGUGUAGUUUGAAAAUGUUUACCGUUUCCUAAAGUUUUAUCAAUUUUUUCUUCAUUUUGAUUCUAUUUUUAUUGACGCUCACUAUCAGAAUACGAACAAUAUUUAAUGGAGCAAAGUUUCCAGAACUUUUUUUUUACAGUUUUUAAAAGCGUCCAAUAGUAACAUGCAAAUUAUUUACGGAAUUGACUUAACAUAUUAAACGGGUAAAUGGUUUUUCCGAAACGUCAUUGUUCUUGAGUAAAACAGCGCUUCCCCAGUGAAUAUGAUCAUUUGCAGAGUGUCAACCGGGACUGCCCGACGGAAACUUCAUAAUGUUCGCGUCGGCGACGUCGGGCGACAAGCCGAACAACGGAAAGUUCUCGCCGUGCUCGAUCAAGAACAUCUCGGCCGUGCUCGCCGUCGUCCUCAAAUCGAUGCCGGUGGAUCCGACGCGAAACGCGUCUCCGGUGGGCAUCGGAAAACGCAACUGCUUCCAAGAGAGGACGUCCGCGUUCUGCGGCAACCAGAUCUUCGAGCCGGGCGAGGAGUGCGACUGCGGCUUCUCGCAGGCCGACUGCGAUCAGAUGGGCGACAAGUGCUGUGUUCCGCACGAGGCUCGCAGCACCGGCGGUCCCGGACCGUGCAAGAGAAAGCCGGGCGCACAGUGCUCGCCGUCGCAGGGAUACUGCUGCAAUCCCGACAAUUGCUCGUUGCACGCAGCCAGCGAGGACAAGAUUUGUCGGCAGGUACGGUUUUUCGGACAAGAACGACAUUGAGCAUAUUUUCUGAAAACGCGUCUCUGUCAGCUCGCAGAUAAAAAUGAUACGUUUUGUUGUCUUUUACAAUGGUGUAUUGCAGGAAUCCGAGUGCUCGCAUCAUCAAACGUGCGACGGCCGCAGCGCGCAAUGUCCGAUUUCGCCGCCGAAACACGACGGAAUUCCGUGCCAGGACAGCACGAAAGUGUGCUCGAACGGCAACUGCAACGGAUCCGUGUGCGGAAUGUUCGGCCUCGAGGACUGCUUCCUCACCGAGGGGAAACCCGAUGAGCUCUGCUUUUUGGCAUGUAUCAAGGACGGAAGUGAGGCUCUUUUCUGUGAACAUUUUUGGGAAAAAUAUUUGCCAUUUCUCUGGUAAUGUUUGAUUUUUCAAGCAACCGGAAUAACGUUUUUUAACACAAAACAUUUAGCAGUAAUAAUAGAGACAAUGUUAAUAAUAAUAAUUUUUUAUUUGCGCGACUGAGAAGUGCAAAGUAGUGAGAGCGAUAAGAUUUCAAAAAAACAGGCAAAACAACAAUAAAAUAAUCGAUUGGACCGGCAAUAGUUCGGUUACUCAUUUUACACAGAAUUGGUGGUUUUUCAAAAAUUGAAUUGUCUUCUGCAGAGUGCACAUCAUCGGUGAAUUUGCCCGAAUUCGCGUCGAACCGCACGAAUUUCUUGCAAAUGAUGCGAAAAGGAAAGCCGGGACUCAUUCUGCAUCCGGGAUCGCCGUGCAACAACUACAAAGGUACCCCCCGUUUUUUUGUGAACAAACAUGUUCUUCAGGCUACUGUGACAUUUUCCGUAAAUGUCGUAGUGUGGACGCGAACGGACCACUCGCCCGACUCAAAAACUUGCUCUUCGACAAACGGACCAUCGAAACGUUGACGCAGUGGGCGCAGGUGAGUCGAGAAUCCGAACAUUUUCCAAAAAAAUUAGACAAUCACUUUCAAGGGGGACAUUUAUUUAAAAGUAACCCGACAAACGUUAAGACAAAACAAUAUACCAACGUACAAAUUAGAACAGAAUUUGAGUGAGAAAAGUUUGAAACACCCUUCUUUUUGCUUCUGAAAAUGCGGUUUUUGCAGGACAACUGGUGGGCGGUCGGCGUCGGCGGCCUCGUCUUCCUCGUCAUGAUGGCGCUUUUCGUGAAGUGUUGCGCGGUGCACACGCCGAGCACGAAUCCGAACAAACCGCCGGCGCUCAACAUUUAUCAGACAUUGACACGUCCCGGAACUCUUAUUGUGAGUCGUUUUGUUCAAUGUUUCAAAAAAUUGUAUGAUAUAAUAGAGUUCAAAAAAGCCCAAUCUCACUAACUUGUUUCUAAAAAAUUCAGGCAAUUUUAUCGGGCUGUUCGGGACGGACGAGUUGAACCCACCUGAUACGAGCCCGAGAAUCAGAAAUGUCCAGAUUGCCUGGAGUGCCUUUAUGGCGCCGCAAUCUAGACAUUUCCGACUUUACCCGGACUGUACAUAACCGGUUGUCAAGUUGCUUCAACAGUCUAAAAUAAUUCCAUGGGCCCGAAAAAUGUGCCUAUUUUUGCAGCGCCAACACCGUCAACGACACCGCGCGGCCGCCGGACGCGACGCUUCCUCGUCUCGACCGCCGGGACCGCCCGGAAUCGCGGCGCCCACUCCGUCCCGCACGACGCCGUCUGCCCGCCCGUCGGCGCCGCCGCUCGUGGCCCCGCAAGUGCCGAUCCAGGCGCCGCCGGUCCUUCCGCUCGCCCCGCCGCCGCCACCUUCGGGAUCGUCGCCGCAAGUGAUUGUGCUCGAACCGCCGCCGCCGUACACGGCCGCCGAUCCGGGAAAUGCGAUGGGCGGCCCAAGGAGGGGACAUCGCAAGAACAAGAGACAGACGGCGGCGGAUGCGGCUGUUCCGAACUCAUCGGGAGCCAAUAAGAAGAAGGGGAAAUAG